UUUCAUUCGAUUGCCGUCUUGCAUUGUGAUCUCGCUUCUAUCGGAACGAUGCUUGUUUAUUUAACUGUUGAGGACAGGUCAAUCUCGAGCACAGAGUUGCGGAGACAAACGAGUCCCACCAGAGAACCUCGCAAACUACUGCCCAGAAUCUGACCUUCCAUCAACGCCAUUACGCAAGGUGACAUUUGUGCAAUUCAUUACUAACCCGCCUGAUGUGCCGUCCACAUUUCCGUGGAGCAGCAAAAGCUUUAUAUUCUGAGAGAGUCAUAUUCCUUACGUGGUUGUAGUAUGUGAAACGACAAAGCGCUAAGCCAGGAUUACAGACCUUCUUGAAGCUGGUUCCUUUAAUAGAUCUAAGCACUCAUGAGUCAUAUACGAGCAUAUAUGUGCCAGACCGACUGAAUUGUUAUACCACAUCGCGGCAUCGAGAAGCGGACCGCCCAAGCUAUGGACCAGAAAACCAGCCUGGAGGACAUUGUUGCGCAAUUACAAAACCUAUUAUCGACAUCGAAUCUGAGAAAGACACAUGCUCAGGCCGGCGAUACCAUCGGGUCUCAACCCAUACUCCCCGUAGGCACACCGAAUCUGGCCGAGCUUCAGUCCCAUGUCGAUCUAUCCUCUACCAUACUGUCCGACAAUGCGACCGACCUAUCCGCACUCGCAGAACACCUAUCCAGCAAGGUCCUUCCGUAUCUGAACCUCGGAUCCCUCUCACCAAAUUACUACGGCUUCGUGAUCGGCGGAGCCACUCCUGCCGCCCUCCUAGGCGACUUCCUCGCCUCGAUCUACGAUCAGAACGUGCAUGUCCAUCUCCCCGCCGAAACUGUCGCCACGACUCUCGAAAUCGCGACACUGAAUCUCCUAGUGCAGCUGUACCGCCUUCCCGCACCGGAAUGGACGAUAGGCGGCUCCGGUCCUGGCGGCGGCACAUUCACCACGGGUGCGACGGCAAGCAACGUCCUCGGCCUGGCACUGGGCCGUGAGUACGUGCUGCGCGAGGCCGUGCAAAGGGCAGGUCUUGGUUCCGAGUGGAGUUGCGGUGCCUCUGGCGUCGCAGAGUCGAUGAUCCAAGCUGGCGUGCAGACGAUCCAAGUUCUCAGCACGCUGCCGCAUUCAAGUCUCGCCAAGGCGGCCAGUAUCGUCGGCAUAGGACGGAAAAAUUUCAUUUCAAUUGCGACAGACAACCAUCCGUUGCAGAUCGACAUGGCCAGGCUAGACAUCGAGGCAAGGCGACCAGGCGUCCUCAACAUUCUGGCCAUUUCGGCAGGUGAGGUCAAUACAGGUCGGUUUGCCACGGCCUCGCUCAGCACGAUGAAACAGUUGCGCGAGAUCUGCGAUAAAUAUAAGAUAUGGAUCCAUGUUGACGGCGCGUUUGGGCUGUUCGGUCGCAUUCUGCCUACUUCCGACCAGGAAUUCUCCGAAAUCGUGCGUGGUGUCGAGGGUCUCGAGCUGGCCGACUCCAUCACAGGCGAUUGUCACAAACUGCUCAAUGUCCCGUACGAUUCUGGCGUAUUCUUCACCAGGCACAAGACGCUAAGCGAGAAUGUCUUUGGAAAUGGCAAUGCCGCUUAUUUGACAAGCGCAUUAGGCGACGGUGAUGCCAUACAAUCGCCGCUGAACAUUGGCAUAGAAAAUUCGCGACGGUUUCGUGCUUUGCCGGCGUACUGUACGCUCAUAGCAUACGGACGUGAAGGCUACGUUGAUAUGCUGAAGCGGCAGAUCGGUCUUGCUAGAAGAGUGACCAUGUGGUUGCUUGACAACGAUAAGUUUGAGGUCCUUCCUGUCGGUGGGACUGACCAGGAGAUCCUGGCGAAGACAUAUAUGGUAGUUUUGUUCCGAGUGAAAGAUCCGGUACGGAACACAGGCUUCGUCAAAAGAGUCAACGCCACGGGAAACAUAUAUCUUAGUGGCACAGUCUGGGACGGCAAGCCUGCUGCACGGAUAGCGGUGAGUAACUGGCAGGUGGACGUGCAGAGAGACGGGGAUUUGAUUGAGGACGUGCUAGAAGAAGCUGCUGGAUAGGACCUUUGAUGGCUUGCUCUGCAUCCAAAGCAUACUGAAGUGGACAUCGUGGGACC